AUGCCUUCUACAAACCAUGGGAAUGCAGCGCUGACCUCUUUUGCUGCAUCGGCUACUCUACCUGUGUGGCUUACCGUCACUGGUGUUAUUUUAAGAAAUUUUCUAAUCUGCCAGUGUCUUCGGGCCUUACACAUCCACGCCAAAUUAGCCUACAGACAAAGUAUUUUGUAUUCAUGUCCAUCUUCAGCCUGUUUCUACCAAAGCUAUUAUGAUAGAUUAGAACCAACGUGGACCUCUGCAUGCCUGGCUGAGAAGAUACAAGAAAGCCUUUCUGAGGGAAAGCUUUUGGAAAUUUCAGGGCCAUGA